AUGGAAAUGAUCAAGCAAUUUUAUAUUGUAUUUGAACGUCGAACUGGUACUGGUACAUUCAAUAUGGCAAUUGAUGAUAUACGUAUUGUUCAUGGACCUUGUUUACCUUUAACUUCGACAUCUAUAUCGUCAACAUCAUCUACAAGUACAUCAAGCACUCAUACCACGAUAACGGAUUCAACGCAACAAAUUAGUACAGAAUCAAGCAUUUCCAUAGCACAAACACCUACAAAAUUAAGUCAAUCAAGUUUAGUACUAGAAAUACAGGUAAGGUCAACAGCUCCGCAAUAA